CUAAGAACCAUGGUCCAAUUGGAGAGAUUGACGUGUUAUAUGCUGCAGCGAUGAUUCUAGUAGUGGGCAUGGCUGGUCAAGAACCAACUCUAAGAGCCUUUCUUACUGAUCAGUUGAGUGAUGAGAUAGAAAAUCCAACCGAAGAUCUUCUAAAAAAGCAGAAAGAAAAAGAUGAUCGUACAGAUAUUUUGUGGCGGAUUGCCAGGUUUUCUGGAGCCACUAUUGUUCUCGUUUCCCUUCCAAAUGCUACAUGGGAAAUGGCCUUCGGAGUUUCUGCCUUGGUGAUGGGAGCAACUCUUUUGCUAUUCUUGUUUGGCAAAGGUCUCUCCUGUUACAAACCCCACAAACCAGACGGGAGCUCCUCUGGAAUUAUUCUUCGAGUUUUAAAGGCAGCUAGACACAAUCGGAAUCGCAACUACCCUCAGACAGAAAAAGGGUUUUAUUGGAAAACCCUUCCACAACCAGGACUGAUCGAUAAGAGCAACAAUGGUCAAACAUAUUUGAAGCCUAAAGUUCUAUUAAGAAGGUUAGACAAAGCUGCAGUAAUUGAUGAACGAACGCCCCCAGUCAGUCCAGAAGAACAAAAAGAACAAGAACUUCGUGGGCAUCUUUGCACAGCUGAACAAGUGAGGGAAGUAAAGCGCCUUUUUACUUUGAUACCUAUUUGGACAAGCUUUCUCGGCUGUAGUUUGGUUGCAGCUACCGGAGACACUUUCUUUUAUGAACAAGCAAGCAACAUGGAUGUUCACAAGGUUCCUUUAAAAGUUUAUUUGCCCUUAGGUCCAUUAUAUGCUACACAAUAUCAUUCAUGUUUUCGUCCGAGAUAGCAAGACAACAACGUGUUACACGGAUCAGAAUUGGUGUCGGGAUGAUUUGUUGUGCAUUAUGUUGCUUUGUAGCUUGGCAGGUAGAGGUCCACCGACUAAUGAAAAUUGAUCCUAUUCACUUAGAUAAGCCUAUCUCUAUGAGUGUCCUCUGGUUAUUACCACAAUUUAUUUUGUUAGGACUAAUGGAAGGACUUGCCACUGAUGGGCUUCAGGAAU